CUGGGCUGGACUGGAGCUUCCCUGCAGAUAAACUUGACUGGUUGGCAUGUGCCUUAAUUAAUCGCCCUCCUUGGUUCGAACCACACAAGCCGCCUGAGACCUUUCCAACCUUUCACGGAUCGCAUUUCCUGUGUCCACCCUUCAGCUUUUCUGCGUCGUGCCUGUGCGAUAUAUCACAUACACACAUACACACACACACAAUAUCUACAUCCAUUUUGCCUUUCGGCUGGCCAUAUAACCAUAUCCGAAGCACCGAAAACGACAGGCCCGUAAGUGACGUCCCUGCCAUGGACGAGUUCGCGCAAACACGUGGAGGGGAUGACCUGUUCGACGAUGAGAUCAUCCCCGUCUCUGCAGAGCAACAACAACAACUGCAACUGCACGAACAACAAGAACAACACUCCCCGCCGGCGGAUGACCACCAGCAGUCAUUUGAAGCGAGUAUCGCGCCCGCAACAGCAUCAACUACUAUCGACAGAGACGUAUCAUCGCCUGCGCGGACUGACACCCCGUCGCGGUCACGCGGGGGUGAGCGACGGGGGAGGGGACGGGGAGGCAGAGGGGGCCGGGGUGGGCGGAGGGGGUCGCAGAAUUCUGGCCGGAGGGGUGAUUCGAACGUGAAAAAUAAUCACAAUCAUCAUAACAAUAAGACUACUGCGGAGAGUCCUGUGGAGGGCGGCGAGGAUAGCAGCAAGAGUCCCGUGGAGGAGGCUACGACUACUACUACUGCCCCGGCUGCCUCUGGAGCUGCGGCUGCGGAGACAGAACAACCGGCGGGUGAAAAGCCUGCAGCGGAGGGCCCGCGGGUGCCUGCUGUACGUGGGGAUCGGAGUGCUACGGGUGGCAUUAAGAAGCCGAAACUUACAGAGGAAGAGCUCUCGCGUCGUAUUGCGGCUGCGAAGGAAAACGCUGCCAAGGUGGCCGCGGCGCACGCUCGGGCUGAAGCUGACCAAGCCUCAUUCCUUGAGAGGGAGAAGGUUGCGGAGGAGAAGAGACGCCAGGAACGGGUGCAGCGCCGGGUCAUGGAUAACGAGCGGGAACGCAACCGACAGCGGAAGUUGCAAGCCUUUGCGGGCCGGGAGUGGGAUGCUCAGAAGAAGGAGGAGGAUUUCAACCCGCGCGGUGGGCGCGGGGGCUUCCGUCGAGGUAUGCACGGUGGUGUUUCCGGCUAUACGAGACGCGACUUUGAAGGUCAGCCUGGCGACCAGCCUAGUGGUGAGGUGCAUGAGGAGUCCCAUGGUGACGGUCCUCGAGGGGGCCAUCGAGGUCGAGGCCGUGGGGGUCGCGGUGGACGUGGUCGCGGUGGUCAUCGUGGCCCACGGGAGGAUAUUCCCCAGACGGACGGCCCAGCUGAGAAUCUGCCAGGCCUGGGCGAGUCGAGGUGGGCUCCUGCUCCGGUGCUUGACAAUGAGGCAGACUUCCCUGCGCUCCCUGGCAGUGAAAAGAACGGAAAGGAUACCUCGAAAGACGUCCCGAAAGAGUGGGUCAAGGAGGAACAGAAGCACACUCAGAAGGAGGUCGUCAGGGACUCCUCCCAUGAGCCUAAGGAGCCAAAGGAACCUCUCAAUGCUGCAACAACUGCAGUGAACCUGGACCUUCUCAACGUGGACCCUCUUUCACCGAUGGAAGGGACUUCUUGGGCUGAAGAAGUCGAGUCGCAGUGAUGCUCCGUUUAGGUCUACAUUUUUAUUUUCCCGUGGAUUCUUGGAUUUUUGAAGACCUCCAUGAUUGAUGCAUUUAUUAUAAUUCCCCGAUUACACUUUCUGUUGGCUGCGAUCCAGAGGUAUUAUCUUUUGUCCUUUCUUGUUAUACCAUAGCUGAUAAGUUAUGACGUGAUGUAUGUAUAUUCAGAGUGCACCGCAUUAGCUAUGGUAGGAUCAGUAGAUGAGAGCCAAAUCGAUAACCACAUCACUUCUACAGUUGAUUGUGUUACGAGUACAUAGUACAUGGCAGGGAUCACCAAUGCUUG